AUGGCCGCGCCCGGCGUUGGGCGUGGCAAAGAAGCGAUGGACCCUAUCUCUGAUGCGCAGGGUACUUGCUAUAAGAUUUGCAACCAUCCGCACUCUGACAAUCCGCCAAAACGCAUACUGCUGGGCCCAGUUCCCAGCGUUUACAUUUCAAACCAGGCUUUGGUUGACGACGCCAAACGCAUGGGCGUCUAUUUGGAUGACAUGCUAAGCGACAACCAAUCUGUCAUCGAUCGCAACGAAUCACGCUUCAAAAACAGGAACUGGAAUAGGAGUGGCCAGUUCCGGCAAACGAGUUUCAUUCGACCUCUGCGACACACCACCAAGCAUAAGAGUCGGGCUCAAUCGUUCUUUGAGACCCCUCCACGCUUGCAAGCCAUUUCUGAAUCACCCGAACCGGUCUCUCCCCCUGACACAGAGCGCCUGAAGACGCUUUCUCAUUCUCGAUCCUUUGUACAGCUCUCUCCAUCACUAAUGGAUUCGUCGCCGCGCCCUCUGCGGCAUUCUGUGUCCCUGCACCAUAUGCCGCGCUCCGACCACAACCUCGCUCAUGCCACGUCCCAAUCCUACGAUGACCUGGAUUCUUUUAUUCCCCCGCGCCGGGAGCACAAACUUUUCCACUGGCCGCUGGGCCCAGUGCGUCGCCAACCUUCGGCGGGUUACCCAUUGUCGCCCAUUGUGUGGGACGAGUGGGACUGGGACAACCGACCGAUUUCUCCCAUCCUGGGACAAUCUGAUCUCACAGAAGAACAGCGCGAAGUCAUCAUGGAAAGGGCGAGUACCUCUGUCGGUCACCGAAAGAUGGCCGGCUCGUCUUUUGAGGUGGGCAAGAAGUUCUACGAACAUGUACUGGCGAUCGAACCGCCCCUCGAUUCACCCCCCUCCAGUUCCGCCCCUGAUCCAGUGCAGGAUUCGCCAGUCACCCCCAAACAAUACACCAACUCGUCGCCGAUCUCGCGCACCUCCUCGCCAAGGCAACCGAGCUCCAUUUUGCGCCUGGUACAGCACAAGGCCUCACGCAAAAUGUCUCACCCACAUGUGGCCUUUUCGCUCCCAGCGUCGGAGAAUAAUCCAGAAGAAGACCACACAGGCUGGGAAGCGACGCGGAAAACACUGCGCGACCAAGGCACUGUGUCGAUUCGCACAGGGCGCCCAUCACGUGCCAUGCUAUCGUUGGAGGAGGAGCUCGAGGCUGAGCGCCAAAAGCGCCGCCGCCAGCUGCUGGGCGAGGCUCCUACGCCCCCUUCUCAGCAGACACCUCUUAACCGGGCACACACCCAAGACGUCGAAUACGAUUCGCAUGCGCCCUCCGAUGAAUGGCUGGAUGCGACGUCGUCGCGUCGUUUUCCGUUGCGCAUCGUACCGCCUGUGGACGUGCAGCGCUUGCCUGAGCAUACGCUGAUACCAUCAGAAUCGCGUCGGCUAUCAUAUGAUUCUUCUACCUCGCUUGAUUCGCUCACCUCCUUGCCUGCUGAGCCAAUCCAGGGCGACGAAGCAGCGGCCGAAGUGUCUCUGCCGCCGCUACCGGCUCCAACUCCCACGCAGCAGGGGCCCGAGUCACCAUUGACUUCCUUGUUCUCGCAUUUUCAUUCUUCACAUCCAUCACAGCACCGCUCAGGUGAAGAGUCAUUGCUAGACAUAACACAGGAGGAAAAUGGCCGAGGGAUAGUCACUCGGCACGACUACAUUUCGGUCGGCCAAGGUGACGCACUUCCCCGGCCUGCCGAAGAGGUGCUAGCGCGUCCUAUGGAGGCGCCUAUUCCCAUCCCAGCGGCACUCAAGACAAAAAACAAUGUAAUACUCAAGCGCGACCGCAUGCUGGUCAAAGUGCAACUCGUGGGCCGCGUUGAUAUCGGGAGCGACUUUGACGAGCUCGAGGCACGCCGCUACCAUAUUCGCUCCUACCAUUGGGAAGAGUACCUUGUCCUCUUGCGGCCCGGGCGUGUCGAGCUAUGGAACGAGGCGCGCAUUCGCGGUCGUCUGCUGGGCGAUGCAGAACACCUCAAGCUACGAUACGUGAUCCCCCUGCGGAGGAAAGAGGUGUCACUUUCGCUGUACUCGGAGGUCGAUCGUCUCUUAUGCCUCACGGUCCCACGCUCCGAAUGGCUACGGGGACCGUUUCCGCUCCGCCGUCACAGUACAACCAUCCUGCUUUUGAAUGCGCGCGCCUCUUCGCUCGCGGCCGACUGGAUGUGGCUUCUGUGGCGCGAACUCGACGGGCAGCCACCGUCCCACAUCCACAUACAUGUACCCGGCAUCUCGAUGCGCGUGCGUGUGCCACUGCCGGAGCUCCCUAGUGCGCAUGGUACGGCACGCGAGUACGAUGUCCUGCUAGAUCUGCCGUCGACUCUGCCGUACGAGCGGUCUUACGAGAAGAUGACUGCCCGCUCACUCAUGAAUCACACACAAAGCAUGAUUCAGGCUGUGCCACAGUGGGCCCGACUAACCCAGGACAUGCGAUCGCGUGGUCUGGAGCCGGUGCUGGCGUGGCGCAGCGGCUCGACGUACCACUGGGUCAGCCAUGCGACCACGCCCCAGGGAGCACCUCGGUAUUGGGAUGCGCUGGCGGGCGCCCUACUCACAAGUGCACGCAGGGCGCCUGAACUGCAGCUGCUGCUAAACAGUCACUAUCCCACCGAGGUGAUGCAUCCCCAAGGUUGCGCGCUGCGGGAGCCGCCUGCGGUUGAAGGAUUUGUCGGCCGCCUGCGGUCGAUCUCUGGCACAACUACCCGCACUUAUUUAACGACGCACGAUGCGGGGCUUUACCUCUUGCGCGAGUCGCAUGCCUAUGCACCAGACCCUUACAUGGGCCUGCCUAUCACUGGCGUCAACGGUGAGACACGUCAGGACCGGGUCCGCACGUACGUGUCACGCUUUGCUGCCAAUGAAAUCCACCGUCAGCUCCGCCAAAUUCGGCAGAGCGAUGGCUUCCUUCUUCUACGGGACGUAUGUGCCAUCGGAAGCGUCGGCCUCCCUGUCGUCCUGUCCACAGAGCUGUCGCGGCACCGAGUACAUUUGGGACAUGAGCCGGUCAUUUCACCUUCGAUGCCUCAGCUCCAAUGGGUGUCUGACUACGAUGGCACGCGCCAACCGCUCGAUGCUCGGCUACGCGUGUUUGAUACUGCAAUGAUGACCGAGUCGGCGCACCACAGCGUCAAGCGUAGCCUGCGGCAGUUCAAACUCUACCUCGAAAAUGGCCGCAGCAUUGUCUUUGAGGUGGCGAGUGUGGCCCUGGCAAAAGAAUGGAUUGUGCAUCUUUUCAUGUUAAUUGUGUACUGGAAAUGCCGGGAGGGGAUGGACACACGCAUGCUGGUGCAUGCGAGUCAAGCGACCGAUUCCUCAGCGCACCCUUUGCGGCAGACGGAGGACCAUGCAUCCUUAUCACUGCCAUUCAUUUGGAACUGGUGCCGCUUCGGUGGGUGCCGCACCAUCAACCUGAGCGGCUUCCUAUUCUGGCGCACACAUAUGCACAGACCCUUUCACCGCCGCUACUUCCUUCUGUGUGAUGGACAGCUGCUUGCCUUUAAGCUCGUAUCGUCCACGCACUCAUCUAAGGCACGCAACAACGAGGGCAUUCUUCACCGACGCAAAGGUGCGCCGAUCCUGUUACGCGAUGCGUACGUGUACAAAGGCGACAUUUCCGACCGCUUCUCUGACCUCAAAGGCGACGACAUGCCGAAUCAACGCACAGGUGGACACCACACCGAGGAAUUACAUGAGCAACUUCCGCGCUUCUUCCACGGCGGGCUCUGCAGCGCCGAGUCGAGCGACGAAUGUACUUUUGUGCUUCGAGUCCGUGGGGGCUGGGACCCUGCACGCCUGCGCCGCCCCAAGAUUGAAGCCAUUCAGACACCCUACCUGACUCGCCGUGAAUCGUCCGAAAUCACCUUCCGCGCACGCACCCAACUGGAGCGUGACCUGUGGGUGCGAAUGAUUGGCCAUGAAAUCGAAAAGGUAGUCCGCUCGGACCCUGCUCGCGACUCGAACUUGUGCCAAUUUGGGCGCAUCCAUUGA